AUGGGCUUAAAUUUUCAUAGCCGUAUGUUAAAAUUAUUAUCAUACUUUCUUAAAAGCUGUCCUGAACAAUCUAAUGAUCAUGACGCAAGCUAUCAAAAUCUUCAAGAAUCGAGUUCAGUAGAAGAUUCUUGCUCGAUAAUUAAAAAAUCACCUCGUUCGAAAAUUGCUAGGAAUGGUAUAGAUUCAGUGGAUGAUUGUUUAGCUCAAGAGCGAACUACGGAAAAUAUUGAUUUAAUAGAAGAUCCUUUAGCCCGAAAGAAAGUUACGCAAGACAUCAGUUUAACGGAUAAUUGCUCAUUACAGGAGGAUAUUGCAGAAAUAAGUGUCAGCUUAGCUGAUAAACAGUCUGCGCAAGGGAGAGCUACAGAAGAAGUUAUCGACUUGGUAGAUGAUGGCUCACGUCAUUGUAUCAGUUCUGGAGAAGAAGCUCUUAAUUUACCACAUGAUAAUUCGAGCUUACUAUGUGAUAAAAACAAUCACACCAGGGAGAAUGAGAUCGGAAGUUGCGAAGAAAAUUCUACAUAUCAAUCUUCAGGUUCUAUUGAAGGAGGUAAUGGUUAUGUAGAGUCUGUCAACCGAGAAGAGGAAAAGGAAGCUCCAGUAGAGAAAUUUCCUGUUUUGGGGAGCGAGGAAAAGGAGUGUCCAGUGGAAAAAUUACUAGAUAUGACCCAUACUUUUGAAGAAAAUACACAAGAUGGCCGCAUCAAUAAUGAAAAUACACAAGACAAUAUCGUUAUUAAUAACGACAAUAUGCAACAUUGCCACAUUAAUAAUAAAGAUAUACAAGAUAGCCAUCCUUAUAAAGAAAAUACUCAACAGCGAAGAGCUUCCGAAAUCAGAAAAAGACAAAUUAGUUAUUAUUCGGUAAUUGAAAUCAUUUAA